GCGCGAGCCGGUCCGCCCUUGGGCCGCGCGGCCCGCUCAGCCCCGCCCUGUGUGCCGGGGCCGGACGCGCGGGCUCAGCGGUCCGCCCCGUCCCCGCCGACGCCGGCUCUGGGGCUCGGCUGGUCGUCAGUCAGUCAGUCAGUCAGUCGGAGCCGGAGCGCGCGGCCGCGGGAGCUGCGGGCGCUCUCCGCGUUCGGGAGUGGAGCGUCGCGCCUGGCGAGGCGGCGGCGGCGGCGGCGGCGGCGGCGGCGGCGGCGGGAGGAGGAGGAGGGUGCGAGCAGCUGCUGCCUCGCGCGGGGCCCCGGGAGGGCCGAGGGGCUGCCACGAUGGAGCAGUUGUCAGAUGAAGAAAUUGACCAUGGUGCUGAGGAAGACAGUGACAAGGAAGACCAGGACCUGGAUAAGAUGUUUGGAGCCUGGCUCGGGGAACUGGACAAACUCACUCAGAGUUUGGAUUCUGACAAGCCCAAAGAACCAGUGAAAAGAUCUCCUCUUCGCCAGGAAACAAACAUGGCCAACUUUUCUUACCGUUUCUCCAUAUACAACUUGAAUGAAGCUCUGAAUCAGGGAGAGACUGUGGAUCUGGAUGCCCUGAUGGCCGACCUCUGCUCCAUAGAGCAAGAGCUCAGCAGCAUUGGCUCAGGAAACAGUAAGCGCCAAGUCACAGAACCCAAAGCCACUCAGAAGCUACCUUCUGGCCGACAUACAUCAAAACAUGGCACCCUGAGAGCAUUACCACCUUCCUCUGCUAGAACAACUAAACCUUCCCAUGCUAACUACUCCCUGGAUGACAUCACUGCACAAUUAGAGCAGGCUUCCUUGAGCAUGGACGAGGCUGCUCAGCAGUCUGAGGUAGAGGAGUCUAAGCCGCCAGUGAUGAGUCAGCACAGAAGGACUGCCUCUGCUGGCACCGUGAGCGAUGCUGAGGUCCACUCUAUUAGUAACUCCUCUCGUUCAAGCAUCACCUCUGCAGCUUCUAGUAUGGAUUCCUUGGAUAUCGACAAAGUGAUGCGUCCUCAAGAACUGGAUUUGACAACGCAUCAGGGCCAGACGAUUACUGAGCAUGCUGUUUCUCUGAGAUGCCCCCGUAAGCAGGCCAAGCACCACUCUGACGGCACGGAAGAGCAGACUGAGCUGACACCUCACUCCUAUCUGGACAGGGAAACCUCCCUUCUUCUGAGAAACAUUGCAGGAAAACCUUCUCAUUUGCUGACCAAGGAAGAACAGGCGGCGAAACUGAAAGCUGAGAAGAUCAGAGUUGCCUUGGAGAAAAUUAAAGAGGCCCAAGUCAAAAAGCUGGUGAUCAGGGUCCACAUGUCUGAUGACAGUUCUAAGACAAUGAUGGUGGAUGAGAGACAGACAGUGAGACAAGUGCUGGAUAACCUGAUGGACAAAUCUCACUGUGGCUACAGUUUGGACUGGUCACUGGUAGAGAGCAUUUCUGAACUACAAAUGGAGAGAAUCUUUGAAGACCAUGAAAACUUGGUUGAAAAUCUUCUUAAUUGGACAAGAGAUAGUCAAAACAAGCUUAUAUUUAUGGAACGUAUAGAAAAAUAUGCACUUUUUAAAAACCCACAGAAUUACCUGCUUGGGAAAAAGGAGACGGUUGAAAUGGCAGACAGGAACAAAGAAGUGCUGUUAGAGGAAUGUUUUUGUGGAAGCUCUGUAACUGUCCCAGAAAUUGAAGGAGUCCUUUGGCUGAAAGACGAUGGCAAGAAGUCCUGGAAAAAGCGUUAUUUUCUCUUGCGAGCAUCUGGCAUCUACUACGUCCCUAAAGGAAAAGCAAAGGUGUCUCGGGACCUGGUGUGCUUUCUCCAGCUGGACCAUGUCAACGUGUACUAUGGGCAAGACUACCGGAGUAAAUACAGAGCCCCCACAGACUGCUGUCUGGCGUUAAAGCACCCACAGAUCCAGAAGAAGUCUCAGUAUAUCAAGUAUCUCUGUUGUGACGAUGUGAGGACUCUGCAUCAGUGGGUCAAUGGGAUCCGAAUUGCAAAGUAUGGGAAGCAGCUGUACACUAACUACCAAGAAGCCUUGAAGAGGACAGAGUCCGCUUAUGACUGGACUUCGCUAUCCAGCUCCAGCAUUAAAUCCGGAUCCAGUUCUUCCAGCAUCCCAGAGUCUCCGUCACAUCACUCCAACCAGUCUGACAGUGGGGUCUCUGGCACCCUGCCAACAGGACACGUCCGUUCCCAAAGCACUGUGAGCUCCAUCUUCUCGGAAGCCUGGAAGCGUGGUACUCAGCUGGAAGAGUCCGGCAAGGCCAGAAUGGAAUCUAUGAAUCGGUCCUACACUUCACUUAUGCCCCCUCUGUCCCCUCAAACUAAGAUCCUCACCCCUUAUACUGCCUCACAACCUUCACCCCCUCUGCCUCCUCCUCCACCACCACCUCCACCUCCUCCACCUCCACCUCCACCUCCUCCUCCUCCUCCUCUCCCCAGCCAGUCUGCGCCUUCUGCAGGCUCAUCAGCCACCAUGUUUGUCAAGUACAGCACAAUCACCAGGCUGCAAAAUGCAGCUCAGCAUUCAGGGCCCCUGUUUAAGUCUCCCCCACCCCCAGCGAUGCAACCUCUGCCUUUGGCUUCACAGUCCCUCAAGGCUCAAAUGGUAGUGCCCCCCAAUGGAGUUAUUCCUCCACCCCCUCCUCCUCCACCACCCCCAACCCCUGGUUCAGCCAUGGCCCAGUUAAAGCCAGUGCCAUGUGCCCCAUCCCUGCCACAGUUUGGCCCCCAACCUCCUCCACUGAAGAUUCAUCAAGUUCAGCAUGGUCCUCAGGUGGUCCCUUCAACACCUCCACCAGCUCCUCCCAUCCCUUCAACUGUCCCCCCUCAAGCACCCCCUAAACCCCUGGUGACCAUUCCUCCUUCAGCCAGUACCAAAACUGUGCCACCCACCCCUGCACCUCCAGUGCCCCCAGCAAAGAAGCAGCCAGCUUUCCCCGUUUCUCACAUUGCACCCUCUCCCCCUGUCCAGCCUGCCCCAUGUCCCCCACCAACACUACCCAAGCAGCAGAGCUUUGGGGUGAAGCCACCGCCCUCUCCACUGUCCCCUGUGCCCUCAGUUGUAAAGCAGAUAGCCAGUCAGUUUCCACCCCCUCCCACUCCUCCCCCUGUGGACUCACAGCCCCUAAAACCCCUCCCAGCAAGUGUCACCCCUCAGUCCCCUCCUGCAGUGAAAGCAAAACCCAAAUGGCAGCCCAGCUCAAUCCCUGCCCCUUCCCCAGAUUUCCCUCCGCCCCCUCCAGAAAGCAGCCUGGUGUUUCCUCCUCCACCUCCUCCAGCCCCAGCCCCAGCCCCAGCCCCAGCCCCACCACCACCACCAGUGCCGCCCAUGGCUUCACCUAUCCCUGACAAAGGCGGAUCUCCAGGCAAAAAGCCAAGUAAGACAUCCAGCCCUGGGGGGAAGAAACCACCCCCAACCCCGCAGCGCAACUCCAGCAUCAAGUCCGGCAGUUGUGCAGAGCGCCCUGAGCCCAAGCGACCCUCGGUAGACAGUCUAGUCAGCAAGUUUGCACCGCCAGCAGAGUCAGGGUCUCCCAACAAGGAGACUCCACCACCUCCUGCAGCACCCCCCAAACCUGGGAAACUACACCUUUCUGGAGUCAACCUCCCCGGAAUCCACCAGCAAGGGAGUGUAUCUACAAAAUCCUCUGUUCUGAGUGGGCGUGGAAAGGACUCCGUAGUGGAAUUUCCGUCUCCUCCAUCCGACUCUGACUUCCCACCCCCUCCACCUGAAAUAGAGCUUCCUCUGCCCCCUAUUGAGAUUCCAGCCGUAUUCUCGGGAAACACCUCCCCGAAAGUGGCAGUUGUUAACCCUCAGCCACAGCUAUGGUCUAAAACAUCAGUGAAGAAGGCCCCUCCACCUACCCGGCCCAAACGAAACGACAGCACCCGCCUCACUCAAGCUGACAUGUCUGAGCAACCAGUGAUGACCACAGUUGUGUCCCAAGUGCCCACCUCCCCCAAAUCCAGCCUUAGUGUGCAGCCUGGAUUCCUAGCUGAUCUUAACAGGACACUGCAGCGCAAGUCUAUCACGAGGCACGGCUCCCUCUCCUCCUCACGAAUGUCCAGGGCAGAACCCACAGCCACCAUGGACGAUAUGGCACUGCCACCACCACCACCAGAACUGCUGUCUGACCAGCAGAAGGCUGGCUUUGGAGGUAGUCAUAUUUCAGGCUAUGCAACACUGCGAAGAGGACCCCCUCCUGCUCCCCCUAAAAGAGACCAGAAUACUAAGCUCUCAAGAGACUGGUAGCCACAAGACUUAUUUUCAUGUUAUCUAUAAUCGGCUCUACAAUCAGUUCACCUGAUCAUCUGUGAAUCCAGGUGUUCAGAGCCUCCUGAUAUGUUAUUCAGGUAGUGUCCAGCUCUGUGUGUUUGUGUGUAUAUGUGCUGCGUGUGUGUACGUACAUGUG